AUGCGGAAGUACCUCGCUCUAGCGUCAAUACUUGCUACAAAUGCUAUGCCUUGGAGUGAUAGUGAUGAAAGCAGCUACUCCCAGGAAAACAACACAGACCCCAACUCAAGCGGUUUUAGAUGGAGACGAAUGGGAGGUCCACUAGGUGGACUUGGGGGUGGAGGACAAGUAGGCCCGGGAUCUCCAGCGCCUGUUCCGGGAGGGCCGUUAGGCCCUGGAGGUCCACCUGUGGGUGGAGCGGGACCGGCACCGAUGGGAAUAAAUGUGGGACCAAGUGGACCUCUAGGAGGACUCGGCAACCCGGGAAUGAUGGGUGGAGCCAUGUCUGCCACCGACAAGCCCUAUACAUGUCCCCUGUCCCGUACGUGUGCCAGUGGGCGUCCCGUGCAAAGUGCCGUGCCCGUACCCAGUGAAGAUCCAAAAGAGAGUAUCAGUUCCAGUUCGCCAGCCAGUUCCAAUCGUUCCCUGCCCUGUGCCCGUUCCAGCACCGUACCCAGUUCCGUGCGCUGA